AUGAUUGGCUCUGACGAUGCUAUAUACGAGAUCAAGGGUGACGACAAGGUGAUUCGUGCUGCUCUGGUCUCAAGUGAACUUGACGAAAAGUCAACCGUUGCUGCCCUUUCCACCAAUGCUGCUGAUGUUGAUGACUACAUUUCUAAAUUCUUGGAGAUGUCAGAAGAUGCGCGUGCUGAUGAUCAAAGAGAAAAGCAAAUGUCCUUGAAAGAAGGGAUCAAGACUUUUCCUAAAGCUAUUGCUUGGUCGUUGAUUUUGUCGACGGCGUUGAUUAUGGAGGGUUACGACACCAAUUUGUUGACUAGUUUCUAUGCAUACCCUGGUUUUAGAAAAAAGUUUGGUGAUUAUUAUUCUGGUAUCAAUGACUACCAAAUUCCCGCAAGGUGGCAAACUGGUUUGUCUAUGGGUUACCAGUGUGGUCAGUUGAUUGGGUUAUGGUGGGCUGGGGUGUUUGCCGACAAGAUUGGUUAUAGAAAAACAUUGAUGCCUGCAUUGGCUGUUUCUGUUGGUUUAAUCUUCAUCCAGUUCUUUGCUCCCAAUCGUGAAGUCUUGCUUUUGUCUUAUAUCUUGUUGGGUAUCAAUUGGGGUUCCUAUCAAACAAUUACAGUAACAUAUGCUUCGGAAAUUGCCCCUGCUAGUUUGCGAGUGUAUUUGACCACGUAUGUCAAUGUGUGUUGGGUGUUUGGUCAGUUGAUAUCUGCUGGUGUCAUUAAGGGCAUCUCAAACAUGAGCGACCCUCAUGCUUAUCGUAUCGCUUAUGCUAUUCAAUGGGUUUGGCCAAUCCCCAUCUUGAUCGGUGUAUACUUGGCUCCGGAGUCACCCUACUUUCUUGUGAAAAAAAGAAGACUUCAAGAAGCCAAACACUCGUUGAUGCGGUUGUUGACGACUAAUUCAUACUUACCCGAAAAGGGUGUAGUAGUCGAGAGAAUGGUAACCAAAAUCCAAUUGAUUGUUAGAGAAGAGGAUGCUACUAAUGAAGGUGCAACUUUCAAGGAAUGCUUCACAGGUAAGAACUUGAGAAGAACAAGGAUUUCUGCCAUCACCUGGCUUUUCCAAAACAUUACCGGUUCGGCAUUGAUGGGUUACUCAACCUACUUUUACGAGCAAGCGGGUUUGGAUCUUUCCAACGCUUUCACAUUUUCAAUCAUCCAAUAUUGUUUGGAUAUUAUUGGUACAUUUGGCUCUUGGUUCUUGUCGCAAAAGUUGGGUAGGUUCCCCAUAUUUUUUGGUGGAUUAUGCACUCAAGCAGUUAUUCUUUUGGUUACUGGUGGUUUGGGCUUGUCUUCAUCAACUGGUGCUAGUUGGGGUAUUGGAUCAAUGUUGUUGGUUUACACCUUUGUUUAUGAUUUGACGGUUGGACCAAUGUGUUAUUGUAUUGUGCCAGAGAUGCCAUCGGCCAAAUUGAGACAAAAGACGGUGAUGUUGUCAAGAUUCCUUUACAAUGUUUCGGGUAUCGUUGUUGGUAUCCUCUCGAGCUACAUGUUGAACCCAACUGAAUGGAAUUGGAAAGCCAAGACGGGAUUCUUUUGGGCUGGUUUUGCCAUUGUUGCUUCGAUAUGGACUUGGUUUGAGUUACCAGAAACUAAGAAUAGGACAUUCGCUGAAUUGGAUAAAUUGUUUGAGCAAGGUGUACCGGCAAGGAAGUUUAAACAUACUGUUCCAAAGACAUUUGACGCUGGUGAAAUGAUGGAGAAAUUGGGUAACGACGGGAUCAAAAAUAUUAUCAACGAGAGAGAGCAUAUUGAAUAUGCUGAUGAUGAAUCGAGGUAA